AUGCGUCUGUUUGGCGGAAAGAACAACAAGUUCAAGGUCGACCCUCCCAAGAUCAGGAUCGAAAAGGUUGUCGUCGACCGACCUGCCCAGAAGCCCAAGCCCAAGCCGAAUCCCCCCCUCAGCGGCUCAGCAUCGCGCUCCUCGUCUUCUCACCGUCCUUCCCCGAAACCUCUGGCACGUCAAGCUAGUCACUCGCCGUACCCCUCCUCAUGUGACGAGAAGCGUCUGGAACGUAAGCGCAAGGCCCCCUCUGUGUCGCGUAAAUCACCAGCCAGCGACCGUAUCGAAUUCGACAAAGACAGCGAUGGCGAAGACGACGGAUGGAUGACUCUUGACACAAAGCGACAGCGAAAGGGCACAGAGGAUAGUGGCUUCGUUGACCCUAACCGGAAGCUGAGGAGCGUAAGGGCCUUUGAGGAGCGCAUGGACAGCCGGAAGUUCAUCCAUGCCGUGGAUGUGGCCUCGCUCGAGCACAAAUGCGUACCUGUGAUGGGCGCUCAAAAGGACGAGGUCGCUAUUAGACUACAAUACCCCAGCUUACAACCCCGCGAGAAAUACGAGCUAGUAUGGGGAAAAGACAAAAUCGAUGCCGUUGAGGCGAGCAUCAAGGUAGUUCGCCAUGUAGCCGAGACAUACCUCACCGAAGAGGAAGCCGAGCCUUUCACGAAUCCAAACGGUGGUAUCAUUCGAAGACUGGAAAAAGCAUCCAACAGAAACAUCCAAGAUUUGAUGGGCUUCAAGGCCGCUCUGCGCGAGUACAACGAGAAGCUCCGUGCUCUAGUCGACGACGGUGUAAUUGCCAAGAACCUCGACAAGAUGCAUGAACUCCCCCAACAUCUCGUGGCAUUCAUACUUGAUCAGAUCUAUGACCGGACAGUGGCCCUCAAGGUGGAGCUCCUCUCCAAGUACGAGAACGGAACAGACUAUGUCUAUGGUGAACUUCUACACCCAUUCAUCUCCAAAGUUUUGGUAGAGCAAACUCGAAUGACCUCUGGUCAGGUCUUUGUCGAUUUGGGCUCAGGUGUCGGAAACGUGGUUUUGCAAGCGGCCCUCGAGAUUGGCUGUGAAAGCUGGGGCUGUGAAAUGAUGGAGAAUGCUUGCAAUCUGGCCGAGGAACAGAAGAAGGAGUUUGAUGCACGUUGCAUGCUGUGGGGAGUCCGACCUGGCAAGGUGCACCUGGAGCGGGGCGAUUUCCGUAAGAACGCGCCUAUCCACGAGGCACUCAAACGUGCGGACGUAGUCCUUGUCAACAACAAGGCCUUCACAUCGCAGCUCAACGACGAUUUGGUUCGAAUGUUUCUCGAUCUCAAGUCAGGCUGCAAAGUCGUGUCCCUCAAAUCCUUUGUCGCCGAGAAGAGCAACAACCACAACAUCAACGAUGUUGGCAGCACCAUCCUGGAGGUGGAAGAGUGCAUAUACCCUGAGGGUUAUGUGAGUUGGACUAAUGCAGGAGGAUCGUACUUCAUUUCGACGCGAAAGUAG